AUGGCUGGCCACGACUAUCAGUUUCAUGUGGGCCGAAACACAAAAUCACGGGGCGAUCACGCUCGAGCUGUUUCCUGUUUCUCCUUUCUGUUGGAACUCUCAUUUUCUUUCUUUUCUGGUUUUUGUUUUUUUCUUUUUUUUCUUUCUUUUUUUUUUGCGUUUUCUUUCUUUUUUUUUUUGCGUUUUUAUUUUUCUUUCUUUUUUGCGUUUUCUUUCUUUCUUUUUUUGCGUUUUCUUUCUUUCUUUUUUUGCGUUUUCUUUCUUUCUUUUUUUUCGUUUUCUUUCUUUCUUUUUUUUUCGUUUUCUUUCUUUCUUUUUUUUUCGUUUUCUUUCUUUCAUUUUUUUUCGUUUUCUUUCUUUUUUUUUUUUCGUUUUCUUUUUUUUUUUUUUUUUCUUUUCUUUCUUUUUUUUUUCUUUUUCUUUCUUUUUUUUUUUUCGUUUUUUUCUUUUCUUUUUUUUUCGUUUUCUUUUUUUUUUUCGUUUUUUUUUUCUUUUUUCGUUUUCUUUUCUUUUUUUUUUCGUUUUCUUUCUUUCUUUUUUUCGUUUUCUUUCUUUCUUCUUUUUUCGUUUUCUUUCUUUCUUCUUUUUUCGUUUUCUUUCUUUCUUCUUUUUUCGUUUUCUUUCUUUCUUCUUUUUUCGUUUUCUUUCUUUCUUCUUUUUUCGUUUUCUUUCUUUCUUCUUUUUUCGUUUUCUUUCUUUCUUCUUUUUUUUCUUUUUUCUUUUUUUUUUUUUUCUUUUUUUUUCUUUUUCGUUUUCUUUCUUUUUUUUUUUGAGGACAUUUUUUUCUUCUUUUUUCGUUUUUUUUCUUUCUUCUUUUUCGAAGGUUUUUCUUUUCUUUCUGAAUUUUUUGAUUUUUCUUUCUUUCUUUUUUCGUUUUCUUUCUUUCUUCUUUUUUGUUUUUCUUUACAAAUGAUUUUCUUUCUUUUUUCUUUUUUUAGAAAAGGAUUUCUUUCAUUCUUUUUCAUUUUUUUCUUUUUUCUUUUUUUUUUUCUUUCUCAAAAUUCAAAUUUUAAAAAAAAAAAUUUUUUUUUUCUUUCUUUAACAAAUUUUUUUUUCUUUCUUUUUUUUUUUUCUUUUUUUCUUUUUUUUUCAAACAAAUUUUUUUCUUUUUCUUUUUUUUUUCUUUCUUUCUUCUUUUUCAAAAAAAAAAAUUUCUUUUUUUUAUUUUUCUUUCUUUUUGAAAAAAAGUUUUUUCUUUCUUUCUAUUUUUUUUUUUUUUUUUUUUCUUUUUUAUUUUUUUUUCUUAUUGAAAAAGAUUUAUAUUUUAUUUCUUUAUUCUUUUUUUUUUUCAUUUUAUUUAUAUUUUCGUUUUAUUUUCUUUCUUUAAAAAUUAAAUUUUCUUUCUUUUUUUUUUUUUUUUCUUUUACGGAUUUAUUCUUUUCAAAAUUAAGAAAUUUCUUUCUUCUUUUUCGUUUUUUUCUUUUUUCUUUUCUUUUUUUUUUUCUUUUUCUUUUUUUUGUUUCUUUUUUUCUUUUUUCGUUGAAUUUCUUUUUUUUUUUUUUCAAAAAAAAAUUUCUUUUAAUUUUUCUUUCUUUUUUUUUUUUUUAG